AUGACCAUUGCGCCGCCAACUCCACCAUUUGCCGCGGAGCAUCAACUAUCGCGGGAUCUAGACGACGGGCCGGCCCGCCGCCACGUGCUGCCGUCUCAUCCCAACGUCUCUCUCGGCGACAGAAGCCAGCUCCGGGACCUCUUGACGAGCGAGUUCUGCUCCGACGAUCUGGACCGCGUCGCCGACAAGCUGUGGUGGAUGUCCAAGCAGGACAGCGGCAACAUCUCCCCUCUGCAUCGGCAGCUGGUGAAGCGCCGCAAGAUUGUCAUCACCGAAGACCCAAAGCUCCACCUCGUCUGGAUCCACGACCGCAUCUUCGUCAAGCCGCUGCCCGGGUACCUGACCUCGCACGCCUUCUGGACAGACUACCUGGCGGGCGAGGACGCGGAGCGCAUCCGCCGAGCAGCCCUGGGAUACCUGAGGACGUACGUCCACCUUUUGCGGCACGAGUCCGACUUUCGCAUCGCCCAGGACGCCGCCUUGUGCCUUGUCUCGCGCGAAGUCACCUGGGAGCAGUUUUGCGCAUUCGCCUCGCAGCUGCGCCACGUCCGCGACCGCGACGUCUCGUCCCGAUAUGCCUACGGCGAGAUCCGACUGACGCGGCUCAACUUUUACGCGCCGUUUCUUCUGGGCAAGUCGCAUUUCCAGCGGGUCGACUACCAGUACGGCGACUACUUUUCCAGGUUCUUCACGCCGGUGGUGUUUGUGUUUGCCAUAGUGUCCGUGAUCCUCGGCGCGCUGCAAGUUGUCGUGUCGGUUGGGGACAACGCGUCGAGUGGUUCGGCGCGCACGGCGCUGUUUAUAAGCGUUGCGGCGAUUCUGGUGGCGUGCUGUCUGCUCGUCACCCUGGGCUUCCUCCUGGCGUAUAAAAUUGCAAAGGAGUGGCGAUAUGCGCUCCGCGAUCGUCGUCGUCGGGGAAAAGGAGAGGGCGAGCAGGUUUAA